CCUCAAUGUCCUCUCCCGACCCAAUUACCGCGUUCAUCUCCCGCCAACGACACCUCCUCUCCCUCGAACGCACCGCAGAUCUUACUCGCAGUCGCUUAUUACUCACCAAUUGCCCACCGAGACAACUCGAAAAGAAUGGUCUGGCCAUUCUCGGUCUUGCGGUUAUGUCUGUCCAAGUCGGCUUGGGCGGCAAAGUUUUAGUCGAGUUAGGGUUGGAAUCUGGGGGUAGCAGUGGCAUGUUCCAGCCGAAUGAGAUACGGAGUGGUGAUCUGGUUAAGAUCGAGGGUUCUUCGAGUUUGACUGUGGAAAAAUCCAAAGCUGCCGCUGACGCGACGCCGGGAAUUGAAGGAGUCGUCUACAAGGCCAACGCUACACGGGUCGUUGUCGCUCUUAAUUCCGACGAUCGUGAUAUGGAUGCUAUUCCUGAGAGAUGUAGAUUGAUCAAGGUCGCUAAUACGAUCACGUACGAUAGGAUGGACAAGGCGAUUGAUCAGCUGGAGGAGCUUUGUUUUGUGAACGGCCUCAUUUCAGCGAAAGAGGGUGCUUCCACCCCGAACGAUAUCACAUUUUCUCCUCUUUUCCGCGUACUUUUGGGUCUACAACGCCCCUCAGCACCUGAUUUCGACGAUACGAACGUGAAGAAUAUCAAGUUUUUCGACGAGAACUUGAAUGAUUCUCAGAAGGAAGCGGUCAGGUUUUGCUUGGCUAGUAAAGAGGUGGCAUGUAUCCAUGGUCCACCUGGAACUGGCAAGACACACACCCUGAUCGAACUCAUUCAACACCUCGUAUCCGCACAUAACCGUAUUCUAAUAUGUGGCGCUUCCAAUCUCGCGGUCGAUAACAUCCUCGAGCGGUUGGUCUCCCUUCCUACCCGUCUCAACACGCAAACGAUCGACUUCAACCAAAUCUGCACCCGGAUCGGCCAUCCAGCUCGUGUGUUGUCGUCACCAAAGACUUUGGACGCGACCUUGGACGCACGAGCGGCCAGGUCUGAUCAAGCUGACUUGUUGAAGGAUGUCAAGAAAGAGUUGGAAGGACUUUUGGGUGUUCUUACUGGGAGGAAAUCCACGUCGUCCCGUGGGUCUGGUUCAGGAAGAGGAAGGGGGAACGCGAGUAGUCGGGGGAAAACUGCGGGUGGAAGAACAGGAACGGGGUCUGAGGGCAAGGGGAGUAAACCUCGAGGUGCGGAGAGGAAGAAGAUGUGGGAAGAGGUUAAAGCGUUGAGGAAAGAACAUCGACAACGGUCGAAUCAGCUUACUUCUCGUAUUCUGUCCUUUACGCCUCCUUCCUCGGAGUCAACAAACAUAGCCGAAGACGCGAGUAGUAGUCCCGUUUCGACUCUCAUUCUGAGUCCUAGUCAGAUCGUGUUGGCGACAUGUCAUUCUGCUGGCACGUCGGCUUUGGCGAAGGAAGAGUUUGAUGUUGUUAUCGUCGAUGAAGCCACGCAAGCGUUAGAAGCCGUUACUUGGAUUCCCAUCCUUCAAGCUUCUGGGAAACGACCUACCAAGCUUAUCCUGGCUGGGGAUCCGAUGCAGUUGGGACCUACCGUUCUUUCGGUUGAGAAGGCGGGGGACAAGGAGAGCCGGAAGAAGAUGGCCAAAGUAAGGUCCUCAGAGAAGGGGAACGAAGUCGAGGGAAGCGAUCUCGAAAUCCAGGACAAAACUCCCCAGACUGCAACAAAUGCACUCAAGCCUCCGCAUACACUCGAAACCACUCUUUUUGACCGCCUCGAAGAGAUGUAUGGUGUUCGGAUCAAACGGAUGUUGGAAGUUCAAUAUCGAAUGAACAAACGGAUAUGCGAGUUUCCAUCUCAGAUGUUGUAUGGGAACAAGCUGAAAUCGGAGCCCGCUGUUGCGGAAAGGUUGUUAUCGGAUAUCGUUACUGGUGAGGGGAAUAAGAAUGAGGAAGAUUUGAACGAACCAGUGGUGUUUUAUGAUACGUCUGGCCUUGAAUUUUAUGACGUCGAGGAGCAGGGUGAAGGAGGUGGCAGUCGGUAUAAUGAGAAUGAGGCACUAGUCGUUCGACAGUGGGUCGGGCGGUUGAUAGAGUACGGAAUACCACCUAGUCAGAUCGCAGUUAUCACUCCAUAUCAAGCUCAAGUUACACUCCUUACAUCUCUUCUUCGCCCGCUUGGAUCAAUCGAAAUAGGGACAGUCGAUGGGAUGCAAGGGAGGGAGAAAGAUGCGGUCAUCAUCAGUCUAGUCCGGAGCAAUGAAAAGAAGGAAGUGGGAUUCCUGAGCGAGAAGCGCAGGUUGAAUGUUGCUAUGACAAGGGCUAAAAGGCAUUUGUGCGUUGUAGGCGACUCGUCAACUGUUGCACGAGGAGGAAAGUACCUUGCAAAAUGGAUGGAGUGGUUGGAAGCGAAUGCGGAGGUAAGGUAUCCCGAGCUGAACUGAAGAGGGACAGAUGGUAUUAUUGUACCUAACUACGUGGGACGAGCUUGGCAAGAUGGUAGAGUAUAUCCUGUCUACUUGUACGUUCCAUAAUAGAUCGCAAAACCGGGAAAAGUGUGCGAUUGCC